AUGGCUGCCCGUCCUGCUGCCCGGCGGGCUCUCCGCUCAGUGAGCGCCCCUCUCCAGUCUCGCAACCCGAAAAUGACCCGAUCCUUCUCCCAUGCAACCCAAUUUCGGGCCGCAGCAACCGACAGCGCGCGGGACCCGUCAAGGAAGACGCACUUUGGCUACGAGACGGUGACCGAGGCGGAGAAGCAGGAACGUGUGGCCGGUGUCUUCACCAGCGUGGCCGAGUCGUACGACCGCAUGAAUGACCUAAUGUCGUUUGGCUGGCAUCGGGUGUGGAAGGACCACUUCGUCAGCUCGCUGAACCCGGGCUUCAGCCCCCUCGGCGCCGACGCGUCCACGCGCGGCCCGCAGCACAUCCUCGACAUCGCCGGCGGCACGGGCGACAUCGCCUUCCGGCACCUGCGGCACGCGCACGUGCUUAAUAACAACCCCUCGGUGCGCGUCACCAUCUCGGACAUCAACCCGGCCAUGCUCUCCGUGGGCAAGCAGCGCUCCGAGACCCUGCCCGCGAGCCAGCAGGCCGCGCUGACCUUCCUCGAGGCCAACGCCGAGGACCUGACGCGGACCAAGCCCCUCUCGCAGACCACGACCACGACCACGACUACGACCGGCACAGACCCCAUCCCCCCCACUUCGGGAAUCCCAUCCAACUCAGUCGACCUCUACACCGUCGCCUUCGGCAUCCGCAACUUCAGCAACAUCCCCGCGGCCCUUCUCGAGGCCCACCGCGUCCUCAAGCCGGGCGGCGUCUUCGCCUGCCUCGAGUUCGGCAAGACCGACGCCUCGGGCAUCCCGCUCCUCGACACCCUCUACCGCCGCUGGUCCUUCUCCGCCAUCCCCCUGAUCGGCCAGCUCGUCGCCGGCGACCGCGACAGCUACCAGUACCUCGUCGAGAGCAUCGACCGCUUCCCCCGCCAGGACCGCUUCCGCGACAUGAUCGCCGACGCCGGCUUCGCCGUCGCCGGGCGCGGCUGGGAGGACCUCACCGGCGGCGUCGCGGCCAUCCACAAGGGGAUGAAGCCCCUGGCCUGA